CAAAGUCACUUCUUGUGACAACUCAGCGUGGAAAUGCAGCAUAAGAAGAGGUAGAAUCUCUCCAACAAAAUACAUCUGAGGGAACGGUGUGAUUUUUGAUCUCGUCCCCGUUGUAAGGAUGACCUCAAAUCUGCAAAAGGCGCUUUCCAAGGCGACCACAUCUCUCGCCAUUUUCUUCAUCUUCAGUGUCCAUGUCAGUGCGUUUUCCUUGACAAACUGCACUGUCUCUGGCGCUCUAAACGACACUCGGGUGUUGAAAGUUCUUUGCUACAAAAUGGGCUUCUUUACGGUUCCUUCACCGAUACCCAUUAAGGCCAGACAUCUAGACAUCUCCUUCAACUCCAUUUCCAAUAUUAGACUCGGAGAUUUCGAAGACCUUUGGAACUUGAGGUCGAUAAACCUAUCUAACAGUCAUGUCUCAUGGAUAGAAGACGGUACUGCAGAGCAUUUUCCCAACUUGAUCGAUCUGAACCUGGCCAACAACAAGCUAAGAACAAUCUCAAGAGGUCUACUGCACGGUCUCGGCAACCUGCAAGUGCUGCGUCUUGACAGAAACAUGAUCUGGAGCAUCGACGCGUUUGCUUUUAACACUCUGCAGAACAUACGGGUGCUAAACCUCACAGGAAAUAACCUCAAACAUAUUGCUAACGUCAGACCGGUGCUCUCGUCGCAGGGGUUGGAGGUGUUGUACAUCGCAAGCAACAACUUUGACGUUUUUAACUCAUGGGACCUGUCGAGGACGCCUUUGUCACUGAAAUCAAUGGUUUUAUCAAACAAUCCCUUAACCAAGUUCGAAAUAACGGAUAAUAUAUUCCCAAAACUGGACUUCCUUGAUCUAUCACACUGUGGUCAAAACAGCUUCAUGCUAUGGAAUUUGACAGAUAAGACUUUUCUGAAUUCAGUAAAAACGCUGAAUUUAAGUGGUGUGCGCAUUUCAGAAGAGAACAUUGCAGCAGUGCUUCACAACGUCUCCUGGUCUUCGCUGUUUAAACUCAAAUUAAACGAACUGAAACAAGUGAAGGUGGAGACUCUUCUACGGUAUGCGUGCUUGCCUGGACUUAGUGUGCUACGCAUGCAACGCAACAGAAUCUCGAACCUGACAGCCCAUGAGCUCGAACCCUGCUCCAACAUGACCGAGCUGGACUUCGGCGACAAUGAAAUCUCACGGAUUUCCACGCCCAUAUUCAAGGAAGUAACUCAGCUUCGGGUACUCCGCCUCGAAAUUAAUAGACUCACUCAUGUCAACAAUUUGUUUCAAAAUCUUCCGAUGCUUGAAUUUAUAAACCUCAGUAGAAACAGGAUUAGCGUUUUAACCUGUUCAGACUUCGCCAAUUUAACGCGACUGAAUUCGCUCUAUUUGUUCGGCAACAGAAUUUCUAAACUGCUUCCGUGCAUGUUCAAAGAUUUGCAUAAUCUUGAAAUUUUGAAGCUGGGGACGAAUAAAUUAUUGACGAUCGGCACGGCUUUUCAAUAUGACCUCCCUUCUUUAAAGGUUUUGGAAUUGCAAUUUAAUAAGCUAAGCACCAUUUACAGGGAGACCUUCAAGGGUUUGUCUGGUCUUCAGACCCUCCACCUUGGGGACAAUCAGAUUUCUGAGAUUGAAGCAAAAGCGUUUUUCAGACUUCGGAAUUUAACAAACUUAUUACUUUUUGCAAACAGGAUAACAGAUAAAACGAUAGACCAGGCGGUGUUCUCAGACAUGCCUAACCUGAUAUCAUUAGAACUGCAUUCCAACAUCAUUUUUUACACCGAAGACACGUUGAAGAUGCCGCCUUUUAAACAUUUAAGCUCGCUGGAGAUUUUGACUAUUCAUAGUCAAAGACGAGGGUUUGGUAAAAUCCCCUCAAACCUGCUCCAAGGUUUAAUUUCUUUGAAAAUGUUCUAUGGUGGAAACAUGAAUCUGAAUUAUCUCCAUCCUGAUACCUUUAACUCCACCCCUGAGCUUUGGUUUUUGGAUCUCUCGAAGAACACGUUCGCUGACGACGAUUCCAUAACCGCGGAAGUUUUCCACCCGCUCCCAAAGCUGACUAAGCUUAUCAUCUCAAGAGCUCAGAUCCGCUCUCUGAAUUUCUUGGUGAAGGCGAAACUCGUCAGGCUGUCCACCUUGAGGGCGCCUGGGAACGUGUUAGACGUCAUCAACCAAGCGGUGAUCCUGUCGCUCCCUCGUCUGAAAUUCCUGGACUUGCAAAAGAAUACCUUCACUUGUGAUUGUAACAAUUUUUAUUUUAUCAAUUGGGCUUUGGAAAGUAAUUCCACCCAGGUUAUUUACAUGAACGAUUACACCUGUGGCUACCCGCUGUCUGUGAAAGGCAAGAGCAUUUUGGAACUCAAUACAGAGUCGUGUAACGUGAACAUAGACUUUGUGAUGUUCGUGUGCAGCUCCGUUGUCGUUACGGCCACCCUUCUGAUUUCGUUUAUCUAUCAAUUCUUGCACUGGCAGGUUUUAUACGCGUACUACUUAUUUGUUGCCUUCCUGUAUGACAGCAAGCGGAAAGAGACUCGGCAACACGCGUACAAAUACGACGCCUUCAUUUCCUACAACGCCAGAGACGAAGCUUGGGUCGUGGACGAGCUGCUUCCUCAUUUGGAAGGUGAGCAGGGCUGGAGACUCUGUCUGCAUCAUAGAGACUUUGAACCAGGUCGCCCCAUCAUAGACAACAUCAUGGACGGGAUUUACAGCAGCCGCAAGACCAUCUGCUUGAUCACGUACGACUAUUUGAUGAGCACGUGGUGCUCCAAAGAAAUCCAGAUGGCUAACUUCAGACUCUUCGACGAGCAGAAAGACGUCCUAAUCCUCAUCUUCCUGGAGGACAUUCCAUCCCACCAGCUGUCUCCUUACUAUCAGAUGCGGAAGCUGGUGAAGAAGAAGACUUAUCUCAAAUGGCCCAAACCUGGAGAAGACACCAGGGUCUUCUGGCAGAAACUGAGAAUGGCUUUAGGGACCAAAGAAGGUCCAGAAGAGGAGAAAGCUGUUCUCAGCACACAAGGGGAUUAUCCAAGAAACCUUCUGUAAAUUCUGUACCUAUUAUAUUUACCUUAUUUUAUCCUGGAAUUAAAUUGAAUUUCAAAGACCGCGUCCUCGUUCUCAGAUCUUCAGAGUGCUGAGGAAAUACAGGAACCGUGUCAGCUCUUCCACUUCUUCUAAGUCUGCUGACCUUUGAAAGUAGGAGUCAUUAUUCAUACGGCUUCCGUCUCCAUUUUGUUCCCCUUUCAGCCCCCCAGCAGGAGUCUCACCCUCAACGUAGGAGGCUGUAAUCACCUCAUACUCCGCAAAGCUGAUUAGCAUACAGGAAACAAAACCUUCUCUUCAUCAUUGUUCACAUCUUACAAAAAGUUUCAGCGUUGGUUAAAAAUGGUAGAAAGGCUACAUGAGCACCAGGUCCUUCACUUCAGAUCCAAAACUAUUAAUGCUGUUAGAAAUAAAGACAGAUAAACAAUAAUUGUUGGAUGUUUGGAUCAAGCCUCCAAAAAAGAAGGACUCUAAUAUAAUGCAGUUACUAUGGCAACUAAACGACCAUCAGAUGUGUGCGUUUUAUGAGGAAAUAACCAACGGCACGGCUGAAGCAAUGUAUAAAAGUACAAAUGUAUGAAUGCAUUUUCUUCUUCCUGAUCUUCUUCAUACUGACAAUUUCACACUAUCACUGUUAGCUUCUUUGUUUUGAAUCCGAGAACAUGAAAGUGCUGUUGCUAUAGAAACUACCUGUUGUAAUGCAGCUGUUAUAGAAAAUGAACUGUAAUGAAACGCCUCCUGGUCAAGUAUGAUUCGAGGAUAAAGUUAGAAGUUAGAGUUAGGGUUAACGUCUCAACGUAAUCUGCAAUAAUAAUAAUAAUAAUAAUAAAUUCGGUUGGCAGAAAAAUAUGAUGUAUAUAGAAGGAGAUAAUCUAAAAAAGGUGGAAGUCAGUUAAUCUGUCUCUGUCAUACACACUCACACACACUUUUUUCUGUCUCACACACUCACUCACACACACACUCUGUCUCUCUCUCUCACACACACACACACACCUCUCUCUCUCACACACAUACACUCUGUCUCACACACACACAGACACACCUUCUCUCUGUCUUACACACACACACUCUCUCUCUCUCUCUCUCUCUCUCUCUCUCUCUCUCUCUC